AUGGGGAAGGUUGCCAGGGAAGGGAAACUCGGUGGUGGUCGAUGGUUGAGGCAAGAGAGAAGAGGUUGGCGUGAUACAGUCUAUUCUAUGGAUAGUCUACAUUCCAUGUGGGGUAAUCUCCACUUGAAUGAAGAGGAAGAGGAUGCUAUUGUCAUCAAUGAUAAUGCAUGUUCUGAGGUACUACGUAAAGGAGAUCGCAAUUUGAUUGGCAAAAUAUGGACUGAUAGACAGGUGGGAAAGAAUGUGGUGGAAUCUAUGCUUGCAAAGAUUUGGCUCCGUAGUAAACCUAUAGUGUUGAGGGAGGUUGGUCGUAACACUUUUAUUUUGAUCUUUGCUACUUAUGCUGAUAAAUACAGGGUUGAAGGUGGAAGGCCAUGGUUUUUUGAUGGCCAACUGUUUGUUAUCAAUACUUUCGAUGGAUCCAUACUAGUUUCAGAGUUGAAGUUUGAUCGUGCAUCCUUUUGGGUGCAGUUCCAUAACCUACCGUUGUUGGGGAUGAAUAAAGAAUGUGGAGAAAAGUUGGGUAGUACAAUCGAAGAAGUGGAGGAGGUAGAGGUGGAUGAAGAUGAUGUGGGUUGGGGUAGGAGUUUGAGAGUCAAAAUUCCGUUAGAUUUGAAGAAACCUCUUGCUAGAGGAAGAACCAUUUUCUUGCAUGGAAUCAAAGUAUGGAUUCCUGUAAAGUAUGAGAAAAUUCCUAGUUUUUGCUUCACGUGUGGCAGAAUUAUACAUGAGAAUGUAAGGUGCCAAUUAGAAAAAGAUUCAUCAACAUAA